GCGGGGUAAAGGGGAUGGGCACGAGUGGGAAGGGGCACUGCUGUGGCAGUGGAAAACCAAAUCACGGCCCCAACCUCCCUGGCACAGGCACAGCCAUCACCCCACACGUUAGAAGCGAAUGCCAAGGGUGCCUCUGGUUUGGUUGGAGCUGCCCACUGCCAGUUUGGCAUCUCACUGUGUCCAGCCUUGGGCAGCAGGUUCUGCCCAAUCUUUUUGGGGACAGGUGCAAUGCCAAGGUGGUAACAAGAAGGGACACAGGUGGAUGGACGAAGGGCUCUCGGAGAUGGCAGUCACCAGCAUGGAGCUCAGAAGUCAGCCAGCUGAGGGGUGCCUGGGGCAGCAGCACACCCAUGGUGCCAGCUGAGACCAUGCACAGGCGAGCCCUUGGCUGCUGCAGUGGCGAGGAGUCGACGUGCACUGCAGGAGGCUGCAGGCAGGGAUUCCCCGAAAUGCACGUGACAGCCAGAACUGCUCCUGGCACAAACUCCCCAAAGGAAGGCCUGCACAGGGAACACAGCUCAUCUGCCUGUCUGCUUCCCAGGCUGGAGCUGAGCCUAAAAUCCAGCACUGAUGCUUGUCACUUCCCCCCAGCCCUUCUGCACUGCUGGGAAAUCCCAGCUCUGCCCAGAAUCAUGUCCCCAGGAACAGGAGGGAGACAAGAUCCUUCUCAGCCUCCAAAACCUCCUCAUGUCCUACUACAAAGCAAUUCCAGACACCACCAGACCAGGCAGAGCAGUUGCUGCUGACUACUGCUCCUCACAUCUUUUCUCCUGCACAUCAAAGAAGGCCAUGCCAGGCCAAUGGGGCCGGUCUGCGACAAGAGACUGAUCCAGAAGUACAUCGGGGAGGCCAAGGACAUGGAGAAGAGAAUGAGCGAGUGCCAGGCACUACCCACACUCAGCUGCCCUGUGGUUCUGCCUUUGGUGGACUUCAACAUGCGACAGUGGAAAAGCAAAUCGGAUGAGAUCAAGUGGCGUGAGAUCCUGUGCAACCUGGUGCUGCUGGUGGGUGCUGUGACAGAAGCUCAGGGCCAGGUGAGCCAGGAAUGUGGAGCCAAUCAGCUGAGACAGCUCUAUCGACAUGCCAACUCCUUCCUCCUGCUCCUGCAGACCUUUGGCUGGGAGGAAGGGCCCUGCUGCUCCCCAAGCUCCAUUGAGCAGACUCAAGUCACUGAGAUCUUCCUCACCUACCGACAGUUGGUGCAGGGCAAGCUGCGCUUCUUCUUCCACAACCUGGCUAAGGACUCAUGUGACUGAGAUUGGGGCAAGCAGGGACCUCCAGCCCAGGGCCUGAUGAAGCUGUACACAGGAUUCAACACUGAUAAGAGGUCAGAGCAAUCCCAUAGGACAAUGAGCCGUGCUCUGGGUGCCCAGGAAGGUGCCACAGGGAAAGGGUUGGCUCCUUUUCCACAAGCCUUUGGCUAUCACAUGGCUCACAGCCACACCUGUGCAGCAUGAGGCACACGCCUUGCUCCUAUCAGACUGUGAAUGCUUUACAAUUAAAGACCUAUUUUUCUAAA